UUUUAACCAACCCUAUUUCAAAAGACUCCAAAACACCACUAACGACAUGGACCACGGCCGGUACUGCCAGCCGGCAUUCACCGCCGGCGACCCAAGACUCCAUUUCCACUCACCGGUCCCGUCACUGGUCUCCGAAGUACCAUUUUACAUGAACCAGGUACUAAACCCUAAUGCACCACCACCACCAGCAGCACAUACUUUUCUUGACACCACCUCCGUCUCUCCUCCUCCGCCGCCACCGCCACCGCCUACAUACUCACCUCAAACCGGAUGGAACGUAUUUAACGGUGGGAUCAACCUGAACCAAGGUACAGGAAGUUAUGCACAAGGUACUACUAUCCGAUGGCCAAGACAAGAAACACUUACACUUCUUGAGAUCAGAUCUCGACUUGACCAUUGUUUUAAAGAAGCCACUUCUUCUAACCAUAAAGCCCCUUUGUGGGAUGAAAUCUCCAGGAUAAUGAAGGAGGAAUAUGGGUACCAACGAAGUGGUCGGAAAUGUAAAGAAAAGUUCGAAAAUUUGUACAAGUAUUACAAGAAGACUAAAGAGGGGAAAGUUGGCAAAACUGACGGUAAACACUAUCGGUUUUUCAGGCAACUCGAAGCCCUCGUUGGAAACCAUCAUGAUCCGGGAAGUACCAAUAUGAAUACUGCAGUUUAUCCAAGCAAUCAAUCUAAUAAUUCUUCAGGAAAUACCACACCAAGCGAUCAUCAUGAGUUUAAAAAGAAAGAAAUGAUAGCUGCAAUUGAGGAGUCAGUUGAGUCACACUUUAUGAAACUAAUGGUUAAACAAGAACAAUGGUGUGAGAAGAUCUUGUGUACAAUCGAGCAAAAGGAGCAAGAAAGGGUGAUGAUAGAGAACGAAUGGCGGAAACAUGAGGAGGCGCGAUUGGAUCAAGAGUACGAGGCGUGGGCUAGCCAUGUUGCGCACAUCAAGACUCGCGACGAGUCUUUACUUGAAGCAUUGCAAAACCUAAUAAAGGUUAGAUCGGUUGGGUCAACUCAUGGAGACAUGGACCCCAUGACGAAUUCGAAAGAAACCGAGUGUUUAAGUGAUCCCGACAAGUGUAAAGAUUGGAUUGAACCCGAGAUCUCGAGCUUGAUUCAUAUUCGAACUAACAAAGAAUGUAAGUUUCAAGAUGUUGAUCAAGAACAUGAAGAUAGACUUUGGCAGGAGGUAGCUUUUGAAAUGUCUCUUUUGGGAUAUGAUCGAAGUGCAAAAGUUUGUAAAGAAACAUGGGAUAAGCUAUGUGUUGAGAACACAAUUAGUAGAGAGGUUUCUUCAGGAACAAGCAACCCGAUGAACAUCGAGUGUGGACGUUCGUGGGAAACUAUGUAAUCCAGGUGGGUUGUUCUUUCUUGAUUCCUAAUUAACUAGUCAGAGAAGCCCAUAAUGUAGAAUAAGAAUUGAGGUUUGACAAGAAAUUUGAUUAAUUAUUAAGAUUAGAACCAAAAAUUCAUGAGUUAUGUAUUUGGUUGAUCGGGAUUUA